AUGGCCGACAAUGUCGAGGCAGCAGCAGGAGAUCCCGACAGAGCGCUCCGCAGGAAUAUGUACGCAGCCAUGUGGGCAAACAGUCAACUGAAAGACGAUGUCCUGACCAGAGCUCUUAGCAAACCAAUUCCUGAUCCAAUGAUUCCAAUGUUCAUGCCAUAUGCUGAACGAGCUGCCGAAAGACUCGUCAAGAGCAACCAAUUCGACCGUAUUCUCGAAGUGCUUCUGUGGCAAAGGUACAACUACGCCGACGCCCCGGACGCAAGAGUCUUUGCACUCUUCUACGACCAUCCAGAACACCUGCGAGAGAACUUCAUGGCGGAGCGACAGGAUAGACUUGUGGGCACCGUAAAUGUCCAGCUAUGGACUUACAUUCCCUUUGUCACCGAAGCCAUCCUUUACGACUUGCUUCCUGACUGCUCCACCUUGAAAUGGGCCUCAUGGUUGUUCAAAGUUGGGGGAGUUAUCCCCGGUGUGGGUUUAAAAUGUGCAUUGGUCAUCUUUGGAGUCGUAACGGCUUUUGGUGGUAGCCAGCCACUUGUCUCGGUCAUUGCCGCGGUUUUUCUGCUCUUUACGACAGCGAAGGCAUGGCAAUCUGCCACCCCGCCCGGCGCAGGCUGGAAUUUUGCUGACCGUCGAGUUCACAUCAUCAAUACGCUGCGGGACAUGGACCAUCAAUACUUCCCUGGUAAUCUUAGCCUACGACCUAGCGUACAAGGCAUCAAAGGACUCCUCUUCGAACCACAAUCGAAUCUUCUGCGUCAAGAGUGCAACCCAGAUAUAGAUAGCUCUCCCUGGGAACGUCGCACACGUCUCGGCUUGAUGUUUUUGGUUGGCUUGUAUCAGGGCUGCGACGGGCUGCUCGAGUGGAUUUCUGGAUGGCUCCCGGCGCCCCCAUGA